AAGAAUAGAUACCUACUCCCACAAAUUGAUGAUCUCUUUGAUUAGCUUCAAGGUUCUUGAUCGUCCUGUCAGUUUAGUACGUGAAUUGAGUGCUCGGUUUUAUGCAAGUGAGGUAAGUAAAUUUAUGGUAAUGCCCGUAUAGUUUUUAAAAGCAUGUUUUGAUUUGUUUUUGAAGUGGUGGUGGGACUAAACCUGUUUUACACAAGUAUGAUUGAUUUGAAGUGAAAUGUUUUAUGCUUUUCACUAAAUUGAGCAUGCCUACUUGAAAUUUAAGUGAUUGUCUUGAUAAUCUGAAAGUGACUUGAAAGUGAUUGUGAAUUGUGAUUUUCCUGUUAACUUUUGCCUGUUUUGUCUCCGAUGUGGUCAUGUUAUUCAUGACCCUGCUAGUGGGGGAGGUUAUAAACACUAGCACAUGUUGGCACAUGUCGAUAUGUUAUUCGUGACCCUGCUAGUGGGGGAGGUUAUAAACGCUAGCACAUGUCGACAUGUAGUGAUAGAGCCGGUUCGUUCAACCCAGCUAGUGGGGGUUAUACACCAGCAAAUCGUGGCCCUGCUAAUGGGGAUUAUACACUGGCCGUGACCUAUAGAGGAGACGUCUAUUUCGUGCCCGUACUAUAUCUGUUUUCGUGAUUGUACUUGUUGGCAUGCUUUAAGUUUGAUAAGGGGCACUCCAUAUUUACUUACUGAGUUUAUCUCAUAGUUUUUCCUUGUCCACCAUUUCAAGAAGUGAAACCGAGGACGGGGAAACCACGGGAAGUGAUGAGUUAGAAGGCUAGCCAUAUUGUAAUUGGAUAUGAAAUUUUAGAAACAAAUCAUGAUCUUGUAUUUGGAGAUUUUAUUGGAGACUUAUGAUAUCAGAGAAUUUUAUAAUUUGAUCUUCAGAUUUUGGUGGUAUCAGAGUGUGAUAUGAUAAGUUCCGAGCCUUGUGCACUUGUGGGACCCGUCUCACGAGUGUACGGCGUUUGUCGCGCCUCGGAUUUGGGUUCUGGGACGUGACAGUUAUUUUCUUCCA